AGCAGUAGUAGUAGAGGUAGGGGAAUGGGAGGUUGUUGUAGAUGUAGGGGAAUGGGAGGUUGUUGUAGUAGUAGAGGUAGGGGAAUGGGAGGUUGUAGUAGAUGUAGGGGAAUGGGAGGUUGUAGUAGAUGUAGGGGAAUGGGAGGUUGUUGUAGAUGUAGGGGAAUGGGAGGUUGUUGUAGAUGUAGUAGAUGUAGGGGAAUGAGAGGUUGUUGUAGAUGUAGGGGAAUGGGAGGUUGUUGUAGAUGUAGGGGAAUGGGAGGUUGUUGUAGAUGUAGUAGUAGAUGUAGGGGAAUGGGAGGUUGUAGUAGAUGUAGAUGUAGGGGAAUGGGAGGUUGUUGUAGUAGAUGUAGGGGAAUGGGAGGUUGUUGUAGAUGUAAGGGAAUGGGAGGUUGUUGUAGUAGUAGAUGUAGGGGAAUGGGAGGUUGUUGUAGAUGUAGUAGUAGUAGUAGAUGUAGGGGAAUGAGAGGUUGUUGUAGAUGUAGGUGAAUGGGAGGUUGUUGUAGGGGAAUGGGAGGUUGUUGUAGUAGUAGAUGUAGGGGAAUGGGAGGUUGUAGUAGAUGUAGGGGAAUGGGGGGUUGUUGUAGUAGAUGUAGGGGAAUGGGAGGUUGUUGUAGAUGUAGUAGUAGAUGUAGGGGAAUGGGAGGUUGUUGUAGAUGUAGGGGAAUGGGAGGUUGUUGUAGAUGUAGUAGUACAUGUAGGGGAAUGAGAGGUUGUUGUAGAUGUUGGGGAAUGAGAGGUUGUUGUAGAUGUAGGGGAAUGAGAGGUUGUUGUAGAUGUAGGGGAAUGAGAGGUUGUUGUAGAUGUAGGGGAAUGAGAGGUUGUUGUAGAUGUAGGGGAAUGGGAGGUUGUUGUAGUAGGGGAAUGGGAGGUUGUUGUAGUAGAUGCAGGGGAAUGGGAGGUUGUUGUAGAUGCAGCAGUAGUAAUAGUAGUAGUAGUAGAUGUAGGGGAAUGGGAGGUUGUUGUAGUAGGGGAAUGGGAGGUUGUUGUAGUAGAUGCAGGGGAAUGGGAGGUUGUUGUAGAUGCAGCAGUAGUAAUAGUAGUAGUAGUAGAUGUAGGGGAAUGGGAGGUUGUUGUAGUAGUAGAGGUAGGGGAAUGGGAGGUUGUAGUAGAUGUAGGGGAAUGGGAGGUUGUUGUAGAUGUAGGGGAAUGGGAGGUUGUUGUAGAUGUAGUAGAUGUAGGGGAAUGAGAGGUUGUUGUAGAUGUAGGGGAAUGGGAGGUUGUUGUAGUAGAUGUAGGGGAAUGGGAGGUUGUUGUAGUAGAUGUAGGGGAUGGGAGGUUGUUGUAGAUGUAGGGGAAUGGGAGGUUGUUGUAGUAGUAGAUGAAUGGGAGGUUGUUGUAGAUGUAGUAGUAGAUGUAGGGGAAUGGGAGGUUGUAGUAGAUGUAGAUGUAGGGGAAUGGGAGGUUGUUGUAGUAGAUGUAGGGGAAUGGGAGGUUGUUGUAGAUGUAAGGGAAUGGGAGGUUGUUGUAGUAGUAGAUGUAGGGGAAUGGGAGGUUGUUGUAGAUGUAGUAGAUGUAGGGGAAUGAGAGGUUGUUGUAGAUGUAGGGGAAUGGGAGGUUGUUGUAGGGGAAUGGGAGGUUGUUGUAGAUGUAGGGGAAUGGGAGGUUGUAGUAGAUGUAGGGGAAUGGGAGGUUGUUGUAGUAGAUGUAGGGGAAUGGGAGGUUGUUGUAGAUGUAGUAGAUGUAGGGGAAUGAGAGGUUGUUGUAGAUGUAGGGGAAUGGGAGGUUGUUGUAGAUGUAGGGGAAUGGGAGGUUGUUGUAGUAGAUGUAGGGGAUGGGAGGUUGUUGUUGAUGUAGUAGUAGAUUUAGGGGAAUGUGAGGUUGUUGUAGAUGUAGGGGAAUGAGAGGUUGUUGUAGAUGUAGGGGAAUGGGAGGUUGUUGUAGUAGAUGUAGGGGAUGGGAGGUUGUUGUUGAUGUAGUAGUAGAUUUAGGGGAAUGUGAGGUUGUUGUAGAUGUAGGGGAAUGAGAGGUUGUUGUAGAUGUAGGGGAAUGGGAGGUUGUAGUAGAUGUAGGGGAAUGGGAGGUUGUUGUAGUAGAUGUAGGGGAAUGGGAGGUUGUUGUAGAUGUAGUAGAUGUAGGGGAAUGAGAGGUUGUUGUAGAUGUAGGGGAAUGGGAGGUUGUUGUAGAUGUAGGGGAAUGGGAGGUUGUUGUAGUAGAUGUAGGGGAUGGGAGGUUGUUGUUGAUGUAGUAGUAGAUUUAGGGGAAUGUGAGGUUGUUGUAGUAGUAGAUGAAUGGGAGGUUGUUGUAGAUGUAGUAGUAGAUGUAGGGGAAUGGGAGGUUGUAGUAGAUGUAGAUGUAGGGGAAUGGGAGGUUGUUGUAGUAGAUGUAGGGGAAUGGGAGGUUGUUGUAGAUGUAAGGGAAUGGGAGGUUGUUGUAGUAGUAGAUGUAGGGGAAUGGUAGGUUGUUGUAGAUGUAGUAGUAGUAGUAGAUGUAGGGGAAUGAGAGGUUGUUGUAGAUGUAGGGGAAUGGGAGGUUGUUGUAGGGGAAUGGGAGGUUGUUGUAGUAGUAGAUGUAGGGGAAUGGGAGGUUGUAGUAGAUGUAGGGGAAUGGGAGGUUGUUGUAGUAGAUGUAGGGGAAUGGGAGGUUGUUGUAGAUGUAGUAGUAGAUGUAGGGGAAUGGGAGGUUGUUGUUGAUGUAGUAGUAGAUUUAGGGGAAUGUGAGGUUGUUGUAGUAGUAGAUGAAUGGGAGGUUGUUGUAGAUGUAGUAGUAGAUGUAGGGGAAUGGGAGGUUGUAGUAGAUGUAGAUGUAGGGGAAUGGGAGGUUGUUGUAGUAGAUGUAGGGGAAUGGGAGGUUGUUGUAGAUGUAAGGGAAUGGGAGGUUGUUGUAGUAGUAGAUGUAGGGGAAUGGUAGGUUGUUGUAGAUGUAGUAGUAGUAGUAGAUGUAGGGGAAUGAGAGGUUGUUGUAGAUGUAGGGGAAUGGGAGGUUGUUGUAGGGGAAUGGGAGGUUGUUGUAGUAGUAGAUGUAGGGGAAUGGGAGGUUGUAGUAGAUGUAGGGGAAUGGGAGGUUGUUGUAGUAGAUGUAGGGGAAUGGGAGGUUGUUGUAGAUGUAGUAGUAGAUGUAGGGGAAUGGGAGGUUGUUGUAGAUGUAGGGGAAUGGGAGGUUGUUGUAGAUGUAGUAGUACAUGUAGGGGAAUGAGAGGUUGUUGUAGAUGUAGGGGAAUGAGAGGUUGUUGUAGAUGUAGGGGAAUGAGAGGUUGUUGUAGAUGUAGGGGAAUGGGAUGUUGUUGUAGUAGAUGUAGGGGAAUGGGAGGUUGUUGUAGAUGCAGCAGUAGUAAUAGUAGUAGUAGUAGAUGUAGGGGAAUGGGAGGUUGUUGUAGUAUUAGUAGUAGAUGUAGGGGAAUGGGAGGUUGUUGUAGAUGCAGCAGUAGUAGUAGUAGUAGAUAUAGGGGUAUGGGAGGUUGUUGUAGUAGAUGUAGGGGAAUGGGAGGUUGUUGUAGAUGUAGGGGAAUGGGAGGUUGUUGUAGUAUUAGUAGUAGAUGUAGAUGUAGGGGAAUGGGAGGUGUUGUAGUAUUAGUAGUAGAUGUAGGGGAAUGGGAGGUUGUUGUAGUAUUAAUAGUAGAUGUAGGGGAAUGGGAGGUUGUUGUAGUAUUAGUAGUAGAUGUAGUAGUAGAUGUAGGGGAAUGGGAGGUUGUUGUAGAUGCAGCAGUAGUAGUAGUUGUAGGGGAAUGGGAGGUUGUUGUAGUAUUAGUAGUAGAUGCAGUAGUAGCAGAUGUAGGGGAAUGGGAGGUUGUUGUAGUAUUAGUAGUAGAUGUAGUAGUAGAUGUAGGGGAAUGGGAGGUUGUUGUAGUAUUUGUAGUAGAUGUAGUAGAUGUAGGGGAAUGGGAGGUUGUUGUAGUAGAUGCAGCAGUAGUAAUAGUAGUAGUAGUAGUAGAUGUAGGGGAAUGGGAGGUUGUUGUAGUAAUUCAAGGCAAUUAUAGCAGCCAUGCUCACAGAUCCACACCAGUGUCCCUCUCAUUAGGGAAGCUCUGUACGACCGGAUAGAAAAAGCCUAAGGUGUGUGUGUGUGUGUGUGUGUGUGUGUGUGUGUGUGUGUGUGUGUGUGUGUGUGUGUGUGUGUGUGUGUGUGUGUGUGUGUGUGUGUGUGUGUGUGUGUGUGUGUGUGUGUGUGUGCGCGCGCUUGUUUGUAAACGUGUACACUGACAGUGAUGGGCCAUUGGUUUCAACAGAACAUUUUGGAGGAGAUUAGUGAAGGGAUUUAAGUUAACACCACCUAAAGCUGUGGGUAACGCAGUGUGCAGAUGGUCUCGAUUUCUCACAAAAUACUGUUAUGUAUCCAAAGGAUUUGUCAGACAUGUCUGGCUAAUUGCGGUUGUUAGGCUUUUGCUUGUGUGUUCCCAUAACAUUUUUAAUUCAUGUAUUCAAGUUUCUGCAAGGGUGUAUAAUGCAUUUGUCGUUUUUCUCAACCUUUUUUAUAGCAGGGACCAGCAGGCUAGGUGUUUUAUUGUAAGGCCGCUUACAAUAAACUAUCACUGUAGAACUGACUAAAUGAGUCAGUUAACCAGCUCAGGGACCAGCAAGCAACAUCCCAUGGACUGGGGCUUUUCCACAGAAGAGGAUGAGAAACACACUUCAAUGAAUUUUUCAGUCUCCACCCUAGUCACAGAGCUACCCUAACCUCUCCCCUCUUCAUAGAGGUCACUCCCCCUAACCCUGCUCCUUCAGCUCCAGAAGGAAGCCCUCUGUGUGGGGAGGAUGUGUUUGCAUUACCGGGCCAGUCUCACACUCACCUCUCACCCAGAAUUGUUUUUGU